CGCCGCCUGCCAGUGUGCCCAGCCGGCCCCAUGGAGUAGCGGCGGGCGCGCCUUCGGAGGGCGGCCAGAGGCGGCGGCGGCGGGGGGCCGGCGGGCCGGCGGGAGGCCGGCCGGCCGCCAUGGAGCUGAGCUUGGACAACCUGGGUGGGUUGGCGCAUCCGCAGGCGGCCGGGGAGCUGCUGAGUCCAGCCCACGCGCGGCCCGGCCCACACCGCGGCCUGGUGGGGGGACCGGCCCGGCCGGCUAUGGUAUCCGGCGUAGCCUCGCUGCUGGAGAGCGGCGCUGCUGACUACCGGGCCGAGCUGGCCGCCCCGCUGCACCCAGCCAUGAGCCUGGCCUGCGACUCACCCGGCCCGGCCCUCAGCCUCAGCGGCUCAUACACUACCCUCACGCCGCUCCAGCAUCUGCCGCCCAUCUCAGCUGUCUCCGACAAGUUCCACCCGCACCCACCCCCGCACCCACACCACCACCCGCACCCGCACCACCCUGCCGGCCCUCCACCUCACGGAGCCCACCCCCACCAGCGCCUGCCUGCAAACGUCAGCGGCAGUUUCACCCUCAUGCGCGACGACCGGGGGCUGGCCUCCGUGGGCAACCUCUACGGCCAUUAUGCCAAGGACGUGCCGGCCAUGGGGCAGCCGCUGAGCCCUCUAGCCAACGGGCUGGGCCCCCUGCACGGCGGACAGCAGCCGCCGCCCCCGCCACCCCCGCCGCCUCCUCCGCCGCUGGCGACCUACGGCACCGGGCCGCACUUGGCCGGGGAGAAGAUGUUGUCUGCGGCAGCCUUCGAGCCGCACGCGGCCAUGCUGGCCCGGGCUGAGGACCCGCUGGGCCGCGGCCUCGGGGCGCCUGGAGCGGGUCUGAUGGCGCCACUCAAUGGGCUAGGCGCGCACGGGCACCACGCGGGUCCCGGUGGCAGCGCCAGCGGCGGUGGAGGGCUGCUGGCCGAGCGCGAGCGGCAGGCGGCGGCGGCCGCCGCGUCGGGUUCGCAGGCGGGCAGCUCCGGCCAGGUGGAAGAGAUCAACACCAAAGAGGUGGCCCAGAGGAUCACAGCCGAGCUGAAACGCUACAGCAUCCCCCAGGCCAUUUUCGCCCAGCGUAUCCUGUGCCGCUCGCAGGGCACCCUCUCCGACCUGCUGCGAAACCCCAAGCCCUGGAGUAAGCUCAAGUCCGGCCGCGAGACCUUCCGCAGGAUGUGGAAGUGGCUGCAGGAGCCCGAGUUCCAGAGGAUGUCGGCCCUUAGACUCGCAGCUUGCAAGCGGAAGGAACAGGAGCAGCAGAAGGAGCGGACGCUGCAGCCCAAGAAACAGCGCCUGGUCUUCACGGACCUGCAGCGCCGCACGCUGAUCGCCAUCUUCAAAGAGAACAAGCGGCCGUCCAAGGAGAUGCAGGUCACCAUCUCGCAGCAGCUUGGUCUGGAGCUCAACACUGUCAGCAACUUCUUCAUGAACGCGCGGCGCCGCUGCAUGAACCGCUGGCAGGAGGAGCCCGGCGGCCCCGCCUCCGCCUCCGCCUCUGCAGCCGCUGCCGGCACCUUCUCCAAAGCAUGAGCCCCGCCCCUGCCCUGCCCCCGGCCUCAGGCCCCGCCCCCGAGCGACCCUCUCUUUCCCCCCCUUCCUGGGGUGGACGAUACCAUCCCCACUCCUCUGGGGGGGGGGGUGAUCGGACCCAGGCGGCUUCCCCUCCCCACGGCCCGGGCUCCUGGGAACGCCCCACUUUGGACAUUGCCACCCCCUCCCCAAUCCCUGAGGCACCCUUGGUCUCUCCCUCCACGGCUUGGCCGCUGGUACGUCUCCUCUGGUAUUCCCACUGCCGGGCUAUGGAGCAGGGUCCCAGUCCCCAUCUCCCUUCCUGAUUCCCGGGCACUGGGGAUACUGUUUGCCGGGGGAGGAGGGGAACGGAACAGAGAGGAGUCCCAGCCGCCUUCCGUCGGCUCAAGAUCCCCAGAUCCCCAUGCAGGUGAGAUACGGGGAGGAAGGGAUGGGACUGGACUGGGCCCGGAAGGGGCAAGGGUAGGGGUUCGACCACAGCGCGGCCCCGCGGACCCAGUCUGCCCCCCCAUCCUAUUCCCACUCUGGCUUAAGACACUCUUGGAGAUCCACGGGUGGCCCACAGAGCCAGUGGGAAUAAAGGCAGGGGAUGGGGGAAUGCGGCGGAAUCCGAGGCCGACCUCUAGAAGGGAGGGUAAGGGGAUGCACCCCAAGCCCAAGCGCACAAAUGGGGUCCGUCCUUUAGGGUGCGAAGCCUCCCCCUACCCCUAGGACUCCUUCCAAAGAAAUCUCCUUAACCAAAGGAAACAUGUCCCUCUCCCACUUCGCGGAAGGAUUGGGGGUCCCCGACCACCCUCCCCACCUCCAGUCAGGGUGUCCAGGGGACACUGAAGAAAACAAGCCUCACGGUGUCCCUUCCCCCAAAAGCGGGUCAAAAAGCACAUAGUAGGAAUACAAACCGGGUAUUUAAAAAAAAAAAACCUUUAAAAAUUAAUACCCCCUCCCCCUUCCUUCUACCAUUGCCUUCCUAAAUCAAGGAAGGUGGAAAAGCCUCCCUGGGGCAACUUCCCUCAAUCCCUACCACUCCUGGGGCCUGGGGCAGCCCUACUUUUUCUCAUCUGACCCCUAAACCCAAGGUGGAUACCAAAGCCCCCAAACUGGAUUCCAGUGCACAGUCCAGGCAGGGCCAGGACUGCUCCCAACCCCACCCAAGAAAAACAAAACUCAGAUCAAAUGGCAACCUCACCCCACACCCCAGCACCCCUAAUAAGGAGAGAACUGGUCCAUCGGAGCCUGCAGACACCUGCUUUCCCCAGUGGCCAGAAUUCGAUGUGCCAAGAUCAGCUACCUGCCUUAAACCCCAGCCUGGGCAGGGAGGGGCCCGCCUGGGGGUCAGUGUCCCAUUCCCUCCUUCCUGAGUAUCCUGGGGAGCAGGCCCAGCCACCCUCUCUCCUCCCCCAGGGCUCCUAGGCCCAGAGCUCUGGGCUGAGCUAUCCUCCCCAGCUCUCCUUCCACCCUCCCUAAGUCUCCACAGCCCCUUAGAAAAGGGAGGUCUCUCUCCCAAGCUCCCAGAAUCACCUCCACCCAGGCUGGAACUUCUGCCUGGAGCUGUUGUGGAAGGUAGAAUGGAGGGAGAUGGGGAGGUGGUGUCUGUGAGCUCAAACAUGAAGCGGGUAUAUUCCAGGUGCCCUCUUUCCCCACUGCCCAACACUCCCUCACUCUCAGCCCCAUCUCCAGGUCCUGGUCACUUUACAUCCCUAUUUAGGCACCUUGAUGGGGGGCAAGGAGGGGAGGGGGAGUCAGAGGAGAGACACACAUGCAAAAAGUCAAAUCUUCUGAUACCACCGAGGGUUUGGGUCCUGCUGGUGUCACAGAGGGCUCCCUAUGAACCUUUGGGGCUCUUUCUGCACCUCAUCCCUGGAGAAUGGGAUGAAGUGGUGGCUACAGCUAGUCUUAGGGGGCAGGGAAAGAGCUAGAGGGACUGGCUGGAGAUGGACACUCUCCUCUUCCCCAACAAAGCUAUUUUUCUCUCCCUUUCCUCCUGUCCUCCCUUCCUCCCUCCCCUACAACGAGGAAACUGACUGAAGAUGGUAGAAUUCACUAGGUUUGUUUUGCCAAAAUUGUGAAUAGGGGCUAGGGAGGGAAAGGUGGAAGAGAAAGGGUUGAAAUGAAGGGGAAAGCUACCUGGCCCACCUUGAGCUAUUCCCUCUCCUCUGCUUCCCCCAACAUGAUCUUGUCUUGUGGUGGCGACAAAGCUGCGCUCUGGUGGCCAGCAUCACCUCUACGGGUUCAAGGGCUUUGAGGCCAGAAAGAGACUCUUCCCUCCCCCCACCCUAUGUCCCCCACUCCCCUUUCCAGACCCAGGGAGGGGAUGCCCCAGCCCCAAGCGCCCUGAGAAUGCAAAAGACAUUUCUAAUGAGAUCCUCCUGCCCCAUGCCCCUUACCCCUUACCCUUACCCCCAAGGUUAAGGCUACCUCACUGCAUUCUCACUUCUGUGAUUGGAGAAAUCACGUCUGAUACCAAAGAUUUUGUUCCCCUCGUAGGAGCUGUGCUGGAUGGACCUAUUUCCCUCUGCCUUUGUAACAGAUGCAUCUGUACCCCCUUUCUGGGGCCCUGUUCUUGUCCUUAGGGCCCCCACCCCCAGAGAGAGAGAGA